CGAGGACGCCAAAGAUGGCGGCGGUGGUGGCGUCUGCUCGCUGGCUGGGAGUCCGCAGCGGGCUCGGCCUACCACUGAGCGGUCGGCGGGUAGCGCUGUGUGAAAAGGCACCCGGUUGCAGACUUUACUCUGGAAGUGCAACUCUUUCAAAGAUUGAAGAAACUGAUACAACAGGGAUUGAAGAAGUGGUCAUUCCCAAAAAGAAAAUUUGGGAUAAAGUGGCUGUUCUUCAGGCGCUUGCAUCCACGGUAAACAGGGACCCUACAGCUGUCCCUUAUUCAUUUCAAGAUGAUCCUUACCUCAUACCAACAUCCUCUUUGGAAGGACGUUCAUUUUUAUUGGCAAAGAAGUCUGGAGAAAGUGCAGCAAAAUUUAUUAUUAAUUCAUAUCCCAAGUAUUUUCAGAAGGACAUAGCUGAACCUCAUAUACCGUGUUUAAUGCCUGAGUAUUUUGAACCUCAAAUUGAAGAUGUAAGUGAAGCUGCUCUUAAGGAAAGAAUCAAGCUCAGAAAAGUCAAAGCUUCUGUGGACAUGUUUGACCAACUCUUACAAGCAGGAACCACUGUGUCUCUUGAAACAACUAAUAGUCUUUUGGAUUUAUUAUGUUAUUAUGGUGACCAAGAACCCUCAGUUGAUUUUCAUUUUCAACAAAGAGAACAGUCAGAAGAAUUGGAAGAGACUACAAACGAAAAUGCUGAGAAGCCUAGGAAGAAGUUUGGAGUUAUUUGGAGAGUAAAAAACAAUGCUGAGAGAAUCUUUGCUCUAAUGCCAGAGAAAAAUGCACAUUCCUACUGUACAAUGAUCCGAGGAAUGGUGAAGUACCGAGCACAUAAGCAGGCAUUAAACUUGUACACAGAGUUAUUAAACAACAGACUCCAUGCUGAUGUGUACACUUUCAAUGCUUUGAUCGAAGCAACAGCAUUGGUGGCAAAUGAAAAAUUUGAGGACAAAUGGAAUAAUAUAUUGGAGCUGCUGAAACAAAUGGUUGCACAGAAUGUGAAACCCAAUCUGCAGACUUUCCACCAUUCUGAAAUCUCUAACACCAUUCUGAAAUCUCUCCGAAGAUUCUGUGCAGUUGGAAGAAUGCUGGGCUUACAAACUUUACGUGAAAUGAAAGCUAUCGGAAUCGAACCGUCACUUGCAACAUAUCACCAUGUUAUUCAGCUGUUUUAUCAACAUGACUCCUCAAAAGAAUCAUCUUUCAUCAUCUAUGACAUAAUGAAUGAAUUAACAGGAAAGAGAUUUUCUCCAAAGGACCCGGAUGAUGAUUUGUUUUUUCAGUCAGCCAUGAGAGUUUGCUCAUCGCUCAGAGAUCUAGAACUUGCUUACAAAAUACAUGGCCUUUUGAACACUGGAGACAACCGGAAAUUCCUUGGACCCGAUUAUCGGCGUAAUUUCUAUUAUUCCAAGUUUUUCAGUUUGCUUUGUCUAAUGGAACAAAUCGAUGUCACCUUGAAGUGGUACAAGGACCUGAUACCUUCUGUUUUCUUUCCCAGCUCUCAGACAUUGAUAGAUCUUCCCCAAGCAUUGGAUGUGGCCAAUCGACUAGAAGUGAUUCCUCAAAUUUGGAAAGAUAGUAAAGAAUAUGGUCACACUUUCCGCAAAGACCUGAGAGAAGAGAUCUUGGAGCUCAUGGCAAGAGAUAAGCACCCACCAGAGCUUCAGGUGGCGUUUGCUGACUGUGCCGCGGAUAUCAAAUCCACGUAUGAAAGCCAGGAUGCCAGACAGAAUGCUCCCAAUUGGCCAGCCAGUCCUCUCAACUGUAUAGCUAUUCUGUAUUUAAGGGCUGGAAGAACUCAGGAAGCCUGGAACAUGUUUGGAAUUUUCAAGAAGCAUAAUAAGAUCCCUAGAAAUGACUUGCUGACUGAGUUCAUGGACAGUGCAAAAGCCUCCAGCAGCCCCGCCCAGGCCACUGAGGUGGUGAAGCUGGCGUCUGCCUUCAGCUUACCUGUGUGUGAGGCCCUCACCCAGAGAGUAACGACUGAAUUUACAAUCACCCAGGAACAGAAGGAAGCCCUGGGCAACCUAACUGCACAGAGCAGUGACAGUGAGAGUGACAGCGAUAGUGACAGCAGUGAAGGCAAAGGACGGUAGGAGUCUGCCUGGCCACAGUGGUAACCAAGAGGGGAGGAUACAGAGCUUGUGAACUUGCUACGUGACGUAAACUUGCAGCAGUCUGUCAGCUCUUCACGUGCCACUAUAAUUAAGCAGCAACACUACCACUUUCAUUGUUACCAAGACACGAGGGGAGGUGCGUGGCUCAUGGAGAAGCCCUGCACCCCUUUGGGGCUGGGAGUGGCUUCCAUCAGCGUGCUGUUCCCUUUCUCUGGCUUCAGCCAUGGUUGGCCUCAUGUGCUGCAUGUCCUUCCUUGCUGUUAGAGAUGAUGAACAGUUUCCAUGAGACUGCCUUGUAGUAGUAGCCCAACUGGGGGAAUAUUUAGAUGUGAGUGUUCAUCUUGGGAUCGAAUGAACAGAAUACUGGCAUUUCACUUACAGAACUAAAGCUUCUAAAUGAAGUCUGUAAAUAAAUACUGUAA